AUGAAUGAAAUAAUAAUAAAUAAUUUAAAUUAUAAUUACUAUAAUCGAAUAAAAAAUACAAGUAUAAAGGCACUUGUAAAUGUAAAUCUGUCAUUUCAAAGAGGAAUGAGAAUUUUAGUUUGCGGAAAAAAUGGAGCUGGAAAAAGUACAUUAUUAAGUAUUAUUGCUGGAAAAAAAUUGAUAAAAGAAGAAGAAGUUUUGAUUUUUAAUAAACCAGCUUUUCAUGAUACCACACUAUCAAAUAAAAUAGGAUUUGUAGGAGAAUGGUGGAGUGACGAAUAUGUAUUGAACAUAACGAUAAAAGAUUUGUUUUCACAAUAUAGGCAUUCGAAAAGAUAUAAAAAUUUACUAAAAUUAUUUGAAAUUAACGAAAAUAAACUUAUAACAAGUAUUUCAAAAGGAGAGAAGAAAAAAGUUCAAAUUUUGGCUAAUAUAAUUAAAAGAAAAGAUAUUUACAUUUUUGAUGAAGUAACUGAAUCACUAGAUUUAGUAUCUCGAAAAUUAUUACUAGAAUUUUUAAAAAAGGAAUGUAUUAAAUAUAAUUGCAUUAUUAUUUAUUCUACCCAUAUCUUUGAUCAUAUGGAUAAAUGGUGUACUCAUAUCUUAUAUCUUUCAAAUGGAUAUGUUGCUCAUUUUUCAGAUAUAAAAACUGUUUUAAAUGAUAACAAUUAUAUGUCAUUAGCUGAAUAUAUAUUUAAUAAAAUGCUCAAGGAGCUAAAAGACAAAGAAAAUAUUAAUGAUUUAGAUGAUUUACUUUUAAUUGAUUCUGAAUAA